GGGUGUUCGCAGCCGCCGCCGCGCCGCCGUCGCUCUCCAACGCCAGCACCGCCUCUAGCUCGCCGAGCUCCAGCCGAAGGAGAAGAGGGGUAAGUAAGGAGGUCUCUAUACCAUGGCUCGUACAAAGCAGACUGCCCGCAAAUCGACCGGUGGUAAAGCACCAAGGAAGCAACUCGCUACAAAAGCCAUUCGCAAGAGUGCGCCCUCUACUGGAGGGGUGAAUAAACCUCAUCGUUACAGGCCUGGUACUGUGGCACUCCGUGAAAUUAGACGUUAUCAGAAGUCCACUGAACUUCUGAUUCGCAAACUUCCCUUCCAGCGUCUGGUGCGGGAAAUUGCUCAGGACCUCAAAACAGAUCUGCGCUUCCAGAGUGCAGCUAUUGGUGCUUUGCAGGAAGCAACUGAGGCCUAUCUGGUUGGCCUUUUUGAAGACACCAACCUGUGUGCUAUCCAUGCCAAACCUGUAACAAUUAUGCCAAAAGACAUCCAGCUAGCACGCGGCAUACGUGGAGAACGUGCUUAAGAAUCCACUAUGAUGGGAAACAUUUCAUUCUUU